GAGGCCCAUUUUGAGCCGACGGCGCAACGAGUUUUGUUGGACAGAAAUGCAGUGACGAUCGCAGCAGGAACACACCAGCAGAGGCAGAAGCAACAACCGAAGGAAAAACAACAGGAGAGAUAGUGUUAGAAGCUGUACAGCAGGAGUUCAAGGCCGCAUUAGUAGCAGCGGCAGCGGACAGCAUUAUAAGCAGCAGCAGCAGCAGCAGCAGCAGCAGCAGCAGCAGCAGCAGCAGCAGCAGCAGCAGCAGCAGCAGCAGCAGCAGUCAUGGUUCUCGAGCUCGACCAGUACUCUGACGGGAAGGCGGCGCGUCUGUGGAAUCUGUACAUCGGAGAUCAGUCGGAGCGCACCAGACACUACAAGCAGUUUCUGAAGAGGGAGCUGAACGCCCACAGCUGCGACACCGUGCUCGAUGUCGCCUGCGGCACCGGGAUCGACUCUGUUAUGCUGAUCGAGGAGGGAUUCAGCGUCACCUCGUGCGACUUCUCCGACAAAAUGCUCAAAUGCGCCUGGAACACCCGCUGGAGCCGACGCAAAGAGCCCGCCUUCGACAACUGGGACAUCUACGAGGCCAACUGGCUAACGCUGACCAGUGACCUAGACAGGGACAGACAAUACGACGCCGUCAUCUGUCUGGGAAACUCGUUCGCCCACCUACCCGACCUCACCGGCAAUCAGGAUAGUCACCGACUCGCCCUGCGGAACUUUGCCACUAUGGUGAAGCCCGGUGGAAUUCUUCUGAUCGACCAUCGGAACUACGACUACAUCCUCGACAACGGUCGGGCUCCGAGCAAGAACAUCUACUACAAUAGUCAGUACGUGUCCGACAUCAACACGUCGGUGGUGUACCAGGACGGUUCCCCCUCCAAGGUGAUCCUCGACUACGUCAUGCGCGACCCCACCGCGUCCACCGACAGCACCCUCUGGCUGGACAACCAGCCGCCGCCAGCGCCGCACAGAACGGCCAUCUCCGCCAACCAGAAGGACAACGAGUUCACGUUGACCUACUACCCGCACCGGGUGGCCAGUUUCCGCGCUCUGCUGGAGGAGGCGUUUGACCACCGUGCCACCGUCACCACCCUGGGCGACUUCCAACCUCUGGAGCAUGUCCAGGACCCGGCCUUCUACAUACACGUCGUGCACAAGUCGGAGGACAGCCAGCAGCCGAACGGUGAUCACCCGGAGGAAGCCUGGUCAUCGGUAUCUAGCUCCGAGGAGUAGCUGAUACCGUGCCCCAAACGACUUUAGACAACCGCCACGGUAUAUAAAGUUCCGCAUGUGCUUUAGAGUCAUAAGAGACCACGGGCACCAGAGGACGGGGCGAUCUCCAGAGAAGUGUCCGCAGUUAUUUUAUGUACAUAAAUGUGUUGUUAUUUUGUGCGUGAGGUAGUACUGUAUCAGUGACUAACGGCGUAUGUAAUUAUUUGUAGAGAAGGUCCAGCUCCAGGACCCAUUCCUUCACAUUCCUCGAUAGGGGCUAUUGAUCCUGACGGUGGCUUUGAACAUUAUGUGCUUUGAGCAUAUGUAACUAAACGAGCUAGGUUAUUGGGAAAGGUCUGGCUGUUUUAUAUGGUACAACGUUUCUUUGAGCAUGAUUGUAAUCAAUAAAAAUGGUAAAAUUGACCUUAUGCUCAUAAUAUCAGAUAAAUUAAUUGAAAAAAGGUCCAGAAUAUAUUUUCGAACAUGGUUCUGGCUGGUUCUGUCUGGAGGUCUGGCUGCGUCAGAUUUUCUGUUCGGGACUGAUGCAUCGAUUGGCUAUCAUUGCUAUGAUGGCAGUAACUACUCUGGUGAGUAGAACCGCACUAUCUCAGUUUGAACAUGCGUUGUCUUGUGUAAUUGGAGUGGUCUCCCGUAUUGUUCAGUUGUGCCUGUGGACAUGAUAUUUCUUCUCCCGGAGAUCGGGAAAAUGGGUCUAUUGUCGAUAUUUAUAACUAAUGUGUACACUUUGUACAUUUAUUAUGUGUGUAAAUAAAUCACCAAGAUCGU